AUGAGUGUCAAACUAUAUCUGAAUAAAGAAGAUAAAACUCAAGAAGCAUAUAAAACUUUUUAUUCCUUAAAUGAAUGCCAAUAUUUAAAUGACGAAAUAGGACUAGGCAAACAUACUGAACAAUUCAUGGAAUGUGAUUGUGACGAAGAUUUCCAUGACGGAGUCAAUUAUGCUUGUGGAGAGGAUUCCGAUUGUAUCAACAGAUUAACAUAUAUCGAAUGUGUUAAUGAUCUAUGCACCACUUGCGGGAGGGACUGUAGAAAUCAAAGGUUUCAGAGAAAGCAAUAUGCUCCAAUUGCAAUUUUCCAAACAGAAAAAAAGGGGUAUGGUGUUAGGGCAGAAGAUAAUAUAUCCAGCAAUCAAUUUAUUUAUGAAUACAUAGGGGAGGUCAUUACUGAAAAGGAGUUUAGGAGGAGGAUGGCUGAAUAUGACCAACAAAAGAUUAAACAUUUUUAUUUCAUGAUGCUACAGGCUGGCGAAUUUAUAGACGCAACUAAAAAGGGGAGCCCGGCUCGGUUUUGUAAUCAUUCUUGUAACCCCAAUGCAUAUGUUAGUAAGUGGGUUGUUGCUGGAAAAUUAAAAAUGGGCAUCUUUGCUAAAAGGGACAUUUUAAAGGGUGAGGAGAUUACGUUUGAUUAUAAUGUGGAUAGAUACGGCGCAAUGGCUCAACCUUGUUAUUGCGAAGAACCUACUUGUAUUGGAUUUUUAGGUGGGAAAACUCAAACGGAUGCAGCAAUGUUAUUACCCAAAAAUUACGCAGAUGCCUUAGGGGUUAAAGCUUCCAUUGAGAAGAAAUGGCUUAAAAUGAAAAAGGAAAGGGGUGAAAGUAUAGCCAGAGAUACUAGUAUUAACACCGAAUUUGUAUCUUCAUUAGAAGCGACUCCAUGUAGCACAACGGAGGAUGUUAACAAAGUAAUGAGUGCACUAUUACAGGUGGACGAUAAAUUAUUGAUGGAAAAACUAUUGGAAAGAUUGAUUUCUAUUCGUGACGAGGAUUUACAAUAUCAACUUUUAAGAUUACAUGGGUAUUCUUGUUUCCAAAGGUGUAUUAGUAUUUUAGAAAAUGACUUCAAGUUUCUAGAAGUUUUCCUACGAUUUUUGCUUGAUUUACCAAAAACUACCAAAAAUAGCUUAGUUUCCUCUCAGUUGGAUGAUAGAAUAUUGCAGCUGAAAAAUAUGUAUAUUGCUAAGAAUGUUGAAAAUUCACAUGCCAAUAACGAGAUUGCGUUAUUAUGUGAGAAACUUUUGGCAAAAUGGGAAAAUUUUGAAACAUACACAAGAAUUACCAAAAAAAACUUUCGUAAUAAAGUUGUAGAUUUGAGAAGAUUAAAACUACCUCCUGGCUGGGAGAUUAUUCAUGAGAAUGGUAAACCCAUGUAUUAUAAUGCACAACAGAAAAUGAAAUUACACUAUCCUCCAACAGGUACGAGCAAAACUUUUUCAUCACCGUCUUCGCCACAGCCACUAAUGGUUGCAACAUCUUUUCAAGGAAAUAAAAAUGGUUAUCGUGGGAAAAGGCCCUAUAGUACUGGUGGAGGAAACGACUAUGGUAAUGCUAAUAUUGUGAACAAUGGCAAUAAGAAUAACAAUCAUGUUGAAAACGGAAGAUUUGUAAAACAUGGCAGAUACGAAGAUGAACAUGUAUUGGCAACACCUAAUCAAUUAGAUCUCUCCUCAACCUCUUCUCCUCAUAGUAGGAGUUCAUCGCCACAUUAUACCCACGAACAGAAAUUGAAUUACAAAAAAAAGUUUGAGCAGGAAAAGCUGGAGGAAUUAAAGAAAAGAGAACAUGAUGAGUUAAAAGCUAGAUUAGAUCAAGAAUCUGCAAAAAAAUUGGAGUUGGCCAAAAUUAUUGCGAACGCAAAAAAACAAUCCAAAACAACGUCAAUUCCAUUUCAAAAACAUGUUACCCACGAGAAUGGUUAUCUUGAGCAUGCCAAUUACACUGAUGCCGAAUAUAAAUGGAAACAUUUUUUUGCUAAGAUUGUUCCUAACGAAGUUUAUAGAUAUGAGGCUGAAAUUGGGAAAGACAAUGUCAAAACCUGUUCCAAAGAUAUUGUAAAAAUGUUGACUGAAAGGGAAAUGAAAAAAAGUAUGACACUGAGGAAUCCGCCCAGAGAAGUUAGCAAAGAAAAAAAAACCAAAAUACGCACAUUUAUCAGAGAUUAUGUGAAUAAAUAUAUUUCAAAGUAUAAAAAACAAUAA